AUAACUACUCCUUAAAUACCAACACCAGUCUUGAGUCGAAGGCUUAAAGCAGCAACUUCUGAAAGACAGUCUUCUGCCUGUCUGAGCUUAAAGGAUUUUACAAUUUGAACCUUAACUGAAGGAACUCACUUUCGAAGUGAAGACAUUACUAAGAAUAAAGGCGAUUUAAUUAAAACUGACGUUCUAUGAGGAUUAUUCUCCGGGGGAUCGCGGCAGAACGAGCCAGAGUUAGGCUCGUAGGCAGUCAGCAGGGUUGAGAGAAGCACGGCUUCGAGCUCUGGGCAAACCACUUGUGUUUUUUUUUGUUAACCCUGUCUGCGAGAUCAUUCGAAGACAAAAGAAAACCUCACAAGGAGAAACCCAAAUACAUAUACCGCACACUUUCGCCGGUAACUAUUUCAGCAGAGAGCGCCGGGAUUUGUUUCCAUAAUAUUUAGGCUCCAUAACAUUGCAUGAUUCCUUUAAGUGUCUAAGGGACUUUCUUUUGUGACUCGAAGACCGAUCAAAGGUAAUCUAAUGGACCAUACAAGCACCAGGAGCUGCUCCCGAGCCCCAACUUGCGAGGCCCAUCAAAACGAGCCUUCAAUGCGUGUAGUCAUCAAUACGACGACCGGAGCCCAGUAUGAUCUUUCUGUACCAGUAGACGAAACGGUAGAAGGACUCAAACGGAGAUUGUCACAGCGCUUGAAGGUUGCCAAGGAGCGUCUUGUCCUCUUGCACAAAGAAACGCGAUUAAAUUCGGGAAAGCUGCAGGACCACGGGAUUACAGAAGGAAGCAAAUUAACCCUUGUACCCACUGUAGAGGCUGGACUCAUGUCUCAAGCUUCACGGCCGGAGCAAUCAGUAAUGCAAGCUUUGGAAAGCUUAACAGAAACUCAGGUCAAUGACUUUCUGUCUGGACGGUCACCUUUGACACUUGCCCUGCGGGUUGGAGAUCACAUGAUGUUUGUUCAGCUCCAGUUGGCGGCUCAGCAGGCUGGCAGCCAGCUCCAGCACCGGCACGUGAUAGCCAGCCGGGAGAGCAGCGGAGGGGCGGCCGCCCCCAGCUUUGCCAGUACUCAAGGACUUCAUCGGCAAGCGGUGGGAGCCUCGGGCUGUAACCACAUAGCGGCCUGCCAGCAAGCAAUGGCUGCCAGCCCUGCCCCUGCGGCAGCGACCACCUGCUUCAGCACAGCUCGCCCGCCCUCGGUCACCGCCGGGUCGUUUAGGUCACACGGGGCCAGCGCGUCAACCGCCAGCCAUAACAUUGCUGCUUCGUCUUGUACUGAGGGUGACUGCAGUACAAGAAACACUAGUCCAACUGCUUCAGGCAAGUCUCGGAAACCAGGUGCCAUUAUCGAGAGCUUUGUUAACCAUGCCCCUGGAGUUUUCUCCGGAACCUUCUCAGGCACUUUGCACCCAAACUGCCAAGACAGCACUGGAAGACCUCGCCGCGACAUCACCACCAUCUUGCAGAUCCUCAACGACCUGCUGAGCGCGACCCGCCACUACCAGGGGAUGCCACACUCCCUGGCACAGCUGCGUUGUCAGACACAGUGCGCGCCCAGCCCGCCGUCCCCUUCGCCACCUUCUCCAGGCUGCUCAAACAAAACUACCUCCGAAGACACAGCCCAGCAACCACUGCAUUCCCUCGUCCAGUGCCAGAGCCAGAUCAGGAUGUGCAAGUCUAAUGGCGAUCGACUGAGACAGACGGAAAACCGUGCUACGCGUUGCAAAGUGGAGCGCCUCCAGCUGCUGAUGCAACAGAAGCGAAUGCGUAGGAAGGCUCGGCGAGACGCCAGGGCACCGUACCAGUGGCUGCCCAACCGCAAGUCCAGCCGGUCCAACAGCAACAGCAGCGUAUCAAGUGACGGCAGCCUAGACUUGGACUUUGAGGACUCUGUAUGGAAGCCUGAAGUCAAAGCUGAUAUCAAGUCUGAAUUUGUUGUGGCAUAGACCUACCUGGCAAGGGGCAUAUAUAUUAAAAAUAAAAGCAGGACUUCACUUCCGAUUUCAGUGACCAAAUGUACUCUGCGCAGACGUCUCACGGUUGCACGUGGAAUAUUACAGAAGAUGGGGAGAGAGUUUAAAAUGUGGUCUCUUGAAAUCAGGACAGAACACCUGGAAAAAUAAACAUUUAGUUCCCACUAAACACGAACGCUGUCUGCAGUUCAGGGUGGAGAAAGUCACACGAUUACGUGGAUCUAACAAACAGUAGUUGGCGCGCCUGCAGUGGCAACAAACGGCUGCCUUACAAAAUGGUCAAUUAUGACGGAUACCGGAGAAGACUUGGCAUGUACGGACAUGAGAAUGCAUUUACUCUUGAUGAAAAAAGCUGCACAGUAAAGCUGCUUGUUGCCAUGGUUGCACUGUUUUUUUUCCACGCAAAGGUAGCAGGAGCAUUGCAAUUUCAAAAAUGCUUCCUUUGCCUCAUUGAGGAGGGUGGUCUAUACUUCUAUCAAAAAUAAAUGAAGUUUUUUUUUAAAAAACCAUAAAUAAUACUGUAUGUAGCAUUGUUCACCAACACUCUGAAAGCAUUUAGUUACUGAAAUUUUGCACAAUUAUGAACAGCGUGAUGACAGGUAGCUUUCAUUCGAGUGAGUUUGGCCAGUGGUGACUGCAUGUGUCCAUGGCGACGGGUGUCUGACCCUGUGGAAGCUGUUGCCUUUGGAGAUGAGAACAGUGGGUAGAGCGCUUCAUCCUAUUGGUUGGUGGCCAGUGUCAGGCAGGGAAGGGUUAAAUUGCGGACAUGAGCAGAACUGUUCCAGUGAGAGUGUGACGUUAAACUCGGUCACCUUCACCCUGCUGUUUUGGGAAGGGGGCUGCGACUCUCUACACGGCGAGGCAGAAUAAACACCUUGGUAUUUUUUUCCCCUACACAUCUGAGCCAGAUCAUUUAGAGGUACACUUGUGAUACAGUACAAGCUAAUAUAGACUAGAUAACUUGCAAGAUCCAUUAUUCAACUUCUCUUAUUGCUUUGGGCAAGCCACAUCCUGGAUUUAACCAGCGGAUGGAAGCUUUGUCGCUGUUGAGUGCAGUCCAAAUGAUGGGGGUUGAUUUGGGCCUGGGAAGAAAGGUUUUGGGUAUAAAGCAGGCCUUGGAGUUGGCAUACAAGUUCCUACUUUGCUCGACCCAAUGUGAGUGCUAUGAUUUAGUCCAAUGGUACAAGUUUUAACUUUCCAAGAUAAUAGUCAGAAAUCCCCAUCUAUCUUUUCUUUAAAUAACAUGUUACAUUUUGGUGUGUGUGCACAGAUAGAGUGAGUGUGUGUGUGUGUGGUGUGGGAGGGGUGGAGUGUUUAAAUCCAAACUUGUUGUGUAAGCAUGCAUAAACCCCUCUUGAAAUCCAGUACCUGGCUGUUCAGACUGCAAAGGUUAGCUUAGUGCCCUGUGGUGGGGGUCCAGUUAGAAAUGAAGUCUGAAUGCGUGCCAUUUGUUGACCACAGUGCAAAAUGCAGAGUGUGAGGUGUGUUCUUUCUUUUAAAUAUGCUUUAGAAACAAUUGGCUCUGUACUUAUCUGACAAGGUUGCCAAGACGACAAGUUAAAAUCGUCUGAAGUUGCCCAAGGUCAUGCUGUUACAAUACUGUGAUGUCACAACCCAGUCUCUUCCUCAUCAGUGUCAGGAACACAAGUGCCUUUUUGAUCCCAAGUCUGCUUCGAUGUCCUCGGCCUCAGCUGGGAGAAUUCCCCCCAUCCCACCUACGCUCUUACUUACAGUCUAUGAAAAGGCCAGUGCUACAUCCUUGUCCCCCGCACCUCCCUUCCACAUGUUUUUUUUUGGUCUUCCUAUUGUCGAUGUGUUUCCCCCGUCUUUGUCAUUGAAUUGAAUUGUUUUUGCUUGCUACUGUACAAAGAAUGUUAUAACACUUCAACUCCAAGCUUCAUAAGUUGACUGUGCCUCCAUUGAAGACCCUGCAAGGCCAUUGUAGUGUAUCAGGAUGCACCAUCUGGACCUGUCUUGUCCUGUACCUUUGUGACUGCACACGUUACGACAUCCCACUUCUGUUUGUGAUCUUCCUGCUCGUAUUUACCGUAGGUUUUUUAUAUAUAUAAACAUAUAUAUUUAACUGACUUCGUACUGUGUGCUUUCCAUUGUGCCCCUAUCCUGGUUUAAAAAAAACGUAAAGAAGCAUUAAUUCACCAAUUUGUUGGUGAGGAUUAACUGUCUGAACACCUCAUUUAAAUAUUCUGUAUUCUUGUAGCCAAUUUAAAAAAAAAUGCAAUGUUCUAGCUAGGCUGGUGUAGCACAACUGUGACUGUAUUAAUUUAUAAACCAAAAUGGUGACUGUGAACUAGGUAUUUAUUUGUGCUUUUGAAAGUCUGGGGGGGGGAAAGUGACGUCACAGUUUGAACACGGCCAGGGUUGAUGCAAUCUCCUCGUGGAAUCUGCGCCAGUUUCCAUAAUUCUAAGCAAUACAUUUCAUUGUGACAUGGAAUAGGUCUUGUAGUUCACUUGGGUUUGGGGGUUGGUUAAAUGUAACCAAAAUAUUAUUGUCACUCGGGAUUUUGCAUUUACCUCUGCCAUAUACACUUGGCAAGACGAGAGGGUUGAUGGAUUGUCAUCCUAAGCAUUGGAAUGAAGCAGAAAAACAGUAAAUUAUGUAUUGGUAUGUAGAUAACUUUACAUGCAUGUAUCAUUAGGACUUGACAAUGGUUUGUGGGACAUACAGUAAUUGGUUGUUAUGUGGUAAUCUGAACAUGUACAAACUUGUAUUAGGUUUUUGUAUAGCAUUGGAGAGAAAAAAAAACAACUCCACAGGUAUAAAUAAU